CACGCAAACGCUUGUGCGUGCGUAGAAGCAGCUCUCUUUAAUGCGUAAGCCUGCACACGUGUUUGCUGGAAAGUAAAAUUUAGCUGGCUGAUGUGACACGUGGGGGCUGUUCACCUGUUCUGUUAAACUUAUGUACAAUUUGGGGUACCAUGUGUGCAAAUUAGUUAGGUAUGCUCUUGUACAACUAUUCACAUGUUGUACAAGUGUGUACAAUCUGUACCUGUGUACACAAUAGCUUUACAAGCCAACAGAUGUCCACUUUCCCCCUCAAAUGCCUGUACAUGUGUUGAGAUGGCUUUCUGUGGAUUUUUGUUUUCUUGACUAGUCAAUAUCAAGCCAUGAGUCUCCUUCAGUUUACCCAUGUCAUUGAAUAUUUUCUCUCUCUCGUUAAGCAGGAUGAAAAGCGAGUAUGCAAACGUGGCCCCAUGAGUUUUGUCCACGUUGGGUCGACUUAGCAGAAGCAGCCUCACACAGCAUUCUGGGUAGAAGUUUCGAAGGGAGGAUGAUCGGAAUGAACAAGACAUCUUUGACUUAGAAGCAACAUUCCCCCUGCGAGACCAUCCUACGAUUUUAUUUAAAUUUUUGGUUUAUUUACUUUUAUCUUUUACCUUCACAAGACAUUGAUCCCACAAUGGCCAGUUUAGUCAACAAAGACUCUUACCUGCAGAAAUUGGCCAAGAAAAUUUGCACCCAGGAAGCCCCCAAGCUACGAAAAAGGAAAUUUGGAACUGGACUGGGAGACGAUAGCACCCAGCCGAAGAAGAAGAGGAAGAAGAAACAGAAGAAGCUGAAGAUGCAAGGCAAAAUAGUGGGCACCCCUCUGGACAAGCAGGCAGCACCUGGGGGCAGCCAAGCAUCACCAGCCAAGCCAACAAAUCCCAGUGCUAAGAAAUCUGGCCCAGUUAUCAAAGCUGCACCCAGUUCCAGUGGAUCUCAGACUACUGGGGAGAAAGGGGGCAGAAGCCAAAACGAUAAUGCAGGUGGUGACAGGAGCACAGCCGGCUCAUUUUCAGCCAUGAAUCUCUUGCGGCAGAGACUGCACGAGAAGAUCCAAGAAAUCUCUGGCCAGGGAAACAGCAAAGAGUUGUCCCCAGCAGUGUUGGAGAAGAGGCAACGAAGGAAAUACGAAAAAGAGAGAAAGAAACGCCGGAGAAAAGAGUUGAGGAUGAAAGAGAAAAUGGAGAAGGAGGAGGCAGAGGAGGCUUCAGCAGCCAUUUCAGAACCCCAGGCCCCAAAGAAUGACACCAAGGCCGAGAUCGUCUUCAAUAAGGUCGAAGAUGAGGAAGGGCUUAGCAAAGCGGAAAAGAGGAAGGCUCUGAAAGGCAACAUUACUCCACUGACAGGGAAGAAUUACAAGCAACUCCUGAGCAGAUUGGAAUCUCGGAAGAGUAAGCUGGAAGAUCUGAAGGACAAGGAUGAGGGGAAAGCCAAGGAGCUGGAGGUGAAGAUGAAGUGGACAAAUGUCCUGUACAAGGCAGAAGGGGUCAAAAUCCGCGAUGACGAGGACCGGCUGAAGGCGGCCCUGAAGCGGAAGGAGAAGCGCAAGGCCCAGCGCCAGAGGCAGUGGGAGAAGCGGACUGAAAACAUAGUGAACAAAAUGCAGCAGCGGCAAGACAAGCGCCAGAAGAACCUCCAGAAGAAAAAGAUGGCCAAGGUGGAGAAGAAGAAAGCCAAGGCUCGCAAAAAGGGUCGCAUCCUGCCUGAGGACCUGAACAAAGCCAAAUUUAAAUGAAUUGGGCUAGUGGACCAUUGGAACCCACUCCAGAGCAGGUGCUCACAGGGCUCAUUAAUAAAAACUAUUUUGAAGUUGAA